GAUUCCUGGGGACGAUGUCAUGGGUUCUCUUCCCCUUGUCUUUCAUGUGCAAGUCCAUUCUUCCUCCCCCCGCUACUAUUUUUCCCCAAGCCAGCUUCCUCUGCUCGAGUACUCGUACAGUACCGGUACUCGUACCCUUCCUUCCUUCCUCUCACCCCCUCGCAUCCCAUCUCUUCUAUUCUCUGGUACUCGUACUCAACCUUGUUCUCCCUAUCUCCUGUAACCAUGUCAAAGACGUUCAAAGCUACUGAGGUGGCCGAGCAUAAGAAGCCCGACUCGCUGUGGAUCAUCGUUGAGGACGACGUAUACGACGUUACAAAGUUCCAAAAUGACCACCCGGGCGGAAAGAAGAUCCUGCAGAGGGUUGGCGGCAAGGACGCUACCGCCCAAUUCUGGAAAUAUCACAACGAGGGGAUCCUGAAAAAGUACAAGGCACAGCUCCAGAUCGGAUCCCUGGAGGGCAAGGCCAAGGUGGAACCAAAGGAGGAGCAGGCUCUGGACACUUAUGGUGACCUCAUUCCUUUUGGCGACCCUGCUUGGUACCAGGGUUAUCAUUCACCUUACUACAAUGCGUCGCAUGCUGCCCUCAGGGACGAGGUUAGGGCGUGGGUUGAGGAGAAGAUUGAGCCCCACUUGAAUGAUUGGGAGAAGCAGAAGUUCGUUCCUGUCGAGAUUUACAAGGAGAUGGGUACUCGCGGUUAUCUUCCGGGUCUGCUUGGCGUCAAAUACCCCAAGGAAUAUACCCCGUAUAGCGUUGCUUCUGUUCCCCCGGAGAAGUGGGAUCACUUCCACGAGUUUAUUCUUACCGAUGAGCUAUCGCGUACCGGUUCCGGUGGAUUUGUAUGGAACAUGAUUGGCGGUUACUCGAUUGGUCUUCCUCUGGUAUUGAAGUUUGGUCGGAAGGAGCUUAAGGACCGAAUUCUUCCAGGAAUGGUUACUGGCGAGAAGAGGAUCUGUUUGUGUAUCACUGAACCCGGUGCGGGUAGUGAUGUUGCAAACUUGAAUUGCGAGGCCAACAAGACAUCAGAUGGCAGGCACUACAUUGUCAAUGGUGAGAAGAAAUGGAUCACAAAUGGUAUCUGGUCCGACUACUUCACUGUAGCCGUCCGCACCGGUGGCCCGGGCAUGGGCGGUGUUUCUGUCCUCCUCAUUGAGCGCGGCCCGGGUGUCUCCACCCGUGAGAUGGACUGCCAAGGCGUCCACGGAUCGGGAACGGCUUACAUCACCUUCGAGGAUGUCAAGGUCCCCGUGGAAAACCUCAUUGGCAGGGAGAAUGCCGGCUUUAAGGUUAUCAUGACCAACUUCAACCACGAACGCCUUGGUAUAGUCAUCCAGUGCACUCGCUUCUCUCGCGUCCUCUACGAGGAGUCAAUGAAGUACGCCAACCGCCGCCGUACAUUCGGCAAGAAGCUGAUCGAGCACCCCGUAAUACGUAUGAAACUCGCACAUAUGGCCCGUCAAAUCGAAGCGACGCACAACUGGUUAGAGAACAUCGUUUACCAGGGCUCGUGCAUGGGUGACACGGAAGCGAUGUUGAAGCUCGGGGGUGCCAUUGCAGGAUUGAAGGCUCAGAGUACCACAACCUUCGAAUUCUGCGCCCGAGAGGCUACCCAGAUCUUUGGUGGGAUCGGAUACACUAAAGGUGGUGUCGGAGCCAAGGUUGAGCGGCUAUAUAGAGAUGUUCGGGGAUACGCUAUUCCCGGUGGUAGCGAAGAGAUUAUGUUGGAUCUCAGCAUCAGGCAGAGCUUGAAGGUUCACCAGGCGCUGGGUAUGAAGCUGUAAGAUUGGGUUGGGUUGGUUAAUUUAGAUUGCUUUUGCGUGUAUGGGUUUUUACCUUUGCUGCCUGGUUAGUUGGUUGGGCUUUGGUUUAUUAGUAGAAAUUAACUACGGAUGCAAUUCUGCCGUAUUGCUAUUUUUGAUAUA